UUGUUUAAUUAUUCCUAGUUUAACCUCAAAUUAUACCGGUCUAAAAUUGUUAAUCAAUUGUGGUUUCUAAUUUUCUAAGAUACCAUUUUUAAUAAAAAAAAACUGAUAUGAACACAAGAGUGAACACUUUCUUCGUUUCGGAGAAAAUCUCAAAAAUACGCUGGCUGCCCGAAAAAUUGGAAGCAACCGAACGUUUUCUAACUGGCAGCUGGGAGAUGCCUACAAACUUUGUUCGUCUAUGGCGCUUACAACCGAACCAAUACGCAGAUGACUACAGUGAUUUUGUGCCGCGCUGCAGUGACAAACAAGCUUUCAAUAGCGACAUUACGGGUGUGGAAUUCAUUACAAAUGAUUUGCCCGUCGUUAGCUGCGCUGAUGGUCGCAUAACAAUACUGCAAAUAAAACGCGCCGUAGAAGAUGAUCUCUUGCAGCAGAAAGUCCAAAGCGAUGUGUUACACAAAUUCAAUGCCAGUGGUACUGCGGCGCCCUGCACGGCUAUCUCGGUAUUCGAAAAAGAUAUUGCCACAGUUGGCGAAGAUGGUCGCUUAAAUAUAGUCGAUGCUAAUGACAUUCGAAAAGUGCUACGCUCUAUCGAAGCGGAUAGUAUAUCACUUACUGCUUUAAAAUAUGUAAAUCCGCGUGAAGUGCUUACGGCAAAUCGUAUGGGCGUUAUACGUUUGUUUGAUGUACGUGCUGCAGCCGAUGAAGUGGCCAUAACAGCUUUUAUGACAUCGUGUGAGGAAGAAAAACGAUCCAAUUAUGUAUCGGCCCUCACCUCACAUCCCACACAGCCACAUAUUGUGCUAGCCGGAUCAGAGGAAGGCUCCAUAACUGUAUGGGAUCUUCGUCAACCCGGCUUUCCAGCGUCUUACCUAAGUGCACACACAAGCGCAAUAACUGAAAUAGGUUUUCAUCCCAGAGAACCUUCCAAACUCUUUACUGCUGCUGAAAAUGGAGAGUUAUGGCUGUGGAAGCAGCAAUCAAGUAUAAGUAUUUCUGAUAUAGAACCAAUCGGUGCAGAAAAUGUCAAUCCUUGGUUGAAUGGUGAGCGUGCAAAGAGUCGUAUCAAUGUCACAUCAUUAAUAUCCAAUUUACGCAAAUCUGUCAAUACUUUUGAUGCUAGUGGCUCGAAUAUUAUAUGUGGCAGUGAUAGUGAAGCAAUUUACUUUAUUGAUAGUAUAUACUAAAUGUAAUGGUAGAAUUAGUUGUUAAUAUUAAAUGUUAAUGUUUUUUUGUACGAAAA